AUGUCCGGAGUAAGCAUCAAACAGAUACUAUGUAUAUUCAUUUAUGGUGUGUUUGUAGUCUCUUCUUUGGCAGAGAUAGGGUUUUCAAUUUGGUUACAUUUCAGCGACAGUGCUACUCUUUGCCAGAAAGUGUGGCAGAAACCUUUGCUGAUACUGGGAUUGUUUAUGCUGGUUGUUUCAGGUUUGAUAUUAGUUGAUUCGUUCUGCCGAUCAGGCACAUUUAUCAGUAGGAUAUGUUCGAUUUCGUUGUACUUGAUCAUUUUGGGACAGUUCUGUUUGUCGUUGUUCGUAGUUUUGGUCACUAAUAGAAAUGUGAGUAGGAUUUUAUUUGGGAGAGAUGGAAAUUACUCGCAUUACUUGUUGAACAAGUAUGUAUUGAAUACCGAGAAUUGGGAGCCGAUUAAGAGAUGUUUAGUUGAUUGCAAAUUUUGUGAACCUCCAACUGAAACAGAUUCUUACUACAAAUACAUCUUCCCUGUUACUCAGUCGAGCUGUUGCCAGCCUCCUACUUAUUGCGGCUUGGAGUUUCACAAUGCUACCUACUGGACCAUGCCCAAAGCAGGGCCGGCGGUAGCAGGCAAUGACUGCAAGAUUUGGAGCAAUGUACAGUCCGAGCUCUGCUUCAAUUGUCAAUCAUGUAGAACACCAUUCCUUGAUGAACUCCAUUUUGAAUGGAAGUUAUGUUCCAUUGCCUGCUUUGUAUUCUCGCUUGUCUUUUACUUUGUUUGCAGUGUUCAGUGGUGUAUUCGCAGGGGAAAGAAAUCAAAAGGAUGCCAAAAACGCAAAUCGAGUUGUUGCAAGCCUCCCAUUUAUUGUGGCUUGGAGUUUCACAAUGCUACCUACUGGACCAUGCCCAAAACAGGGCCGGCGGUAGCAGACAAUGACUGCAAGAUUUGGAGCAAUGUACAGAGAGAGCUCUGCUUCAAUUGUCAAUCAUGUACGACGGCAUUCGUUGACCUCAUCCAGGAAGAUUGGAAGAUGUAUUCCCUCAUCUACUUUGUACUCUUACUUGUUUUCGAAUUUGCUUGUUGUGUUAACAGGAAGAACAAAUCAAAUGGAUACCGAAGACAUAAAGUAAACCCUGCAUGA